AUGUUACUUUAUUGGAAAUCAACUCAAUCUCUUCAUUGCAACGAUAUCAAGAAGCUUGAUAGAUUUAAGGAUGAUAUUUCAGUAACCAACAACAUGGCGGAGACAAAAAAGCUGUGGAUAAAGCUGAUGAAGGUAACGAGGAAACCUUUAUUACAAUUUUUUUGACGUCCAUCUAUUUGAGAUUUUUUUCCGGCAGUUUUUGAAUAAUGCGACUUUUCAUUUAACUAGGUGUUCUUGCGUAACAUCUGUUUAGAAAAGAAAACGAACUUUUAUGGCUGUUUUCUGUUCCUACUUAAUUUAGAUUUUGUUAGUUUGAUUUUGGUACUUAGGAUAACAUGGCCUUGUUUUGAAACUAAAUAUAUUAUGCGUAUGAAUUUUCACUUAUUUUUCAAGAUUAGAGUUUAUAAUUAAAAUUGCAAACUGACAAUAUAUUAUCCAAGCUCCUUUUCACCAGAGAAUGCGCCAACAUUUUAACAGCUAAGUAAUUUUCCACAAGAUUUGAAUAAAAUUAAAGGAAGAAAAUUUCGAAAAUUUUUGGCUCGCUAGCUAACACGACGAGAGUUUUUUACAAAGAGUAGGUUGAAGACUAGAAGUGUAACAGGAUUUGGUGUUCCUUUUUAGACUUCACGACGGAAAAAUCACAAAAAGGUAAGCAGGACAUCUUUCAGGUAAUCGAAUUAUUUUAACUCGGCCCUGCAAAAUUUCCAUUUAAAUUCUACUUCAUAAAGUUUUUCUCCGCCUCAUCCCUUUGGUGAAAAUGUUUGUCAUAUUUAUCUCGAUGAUGAUGUACUCUCAUCCGACGGCAAGAACAACCUCCUUUUUUUCUUAUUUACUCAAUAUCAGUAUUAUUAUUUUUAUCUUUUUCCGACGGCAGUUAUAUUCCUAAAAAGCCGACUUGCCAUAAUACGAGCGCAUGUUAGUAGUCAAAAAUUGUUCCCAGCCUCUGUUUCAUUUUGCUCUCCCCUUUUGAUGAGCAGAGAUAGGCACUGGAUACUAGUCUUCUACCCUUGUGAUUAUGACGGAAAACGAGGCGUUAAUUUGAAUCUUUUUAGCUAACUGAAUUAACUCAGCUAAUUGAAUUAGAAUAAGACCUUUUAAAAACUGGUUAACCAUGGUCAAGAGACCCUAAAGAAAUACAAUACAGUUAAACGCUCGUGACCGAAGACAAUAAAAAUUGGUGAACUUAAAGCGGAUCCAAAAUGAUGAAUAUGAGAAUUUUAAGCUAAUUUCAAUUUUACAAGAUGGAGAAACUGAAACAGAACUAAACCAAAAUGGCACACAAUCCUUAUCGCAACAGUAGGAACGUACUUGUGGUUUGUUAUUGUUACCACAAGUCGAAGGAACGUGAACAGAGUCGAUUUGCUGGAAGCAUCCAAAUGUGCCUCCACGAUAGAAAUUUGACAGCUACUAGUCAUUUCACGACAAUUUUGAAAAUUUGGGAAGAGUAUUAAAACGCAGUACAAGAUUAUACCUUAAAACCUUGUUCCACAUCUGACCAACAGACUACCUUAGUCACGUUUUUUUUUCUUUCUGAAGUGCUGACAUCUAGGCCGAAGUUGUUGCGUCCUUUUUUUUUAAUUUUUAGCGAAAACAAGUAGGUAUUGAUUACGGUCAUCAACAAUCUCUUGACGGUGACAAAAGCUUGAGGUUAAAAGGCCAGAAGAAUUUUAGCGCGAGACGUUUGGCUUUCAUUAUGCCAUGUCCGGCAUCAUCACUGAAAUUUUUACACCACGGAAUUUCAGAACUAGCUCAGCAAGGGUAAGAUAACAAAGGUUGUGUAAAUGCUUGAACUUGAAACGAAAAAUCUUUUUAACCUAUAACUUAACAGAGAAGUAAUCGUCUCGCUCUGCAAAGGAAGCUUUUGGUAUUGCUGAUCUCUGCAGUAUGUAACAUGAACCUUAUGACGGCUUCACUCGCUGACGAAUAUUGUUUGUCUCACUCAGCCACUAAGUUAGCGGAACAGCCGUCUGAGAAAUGAGAACUAGCUGAAUUUGAGCCCUAUUCACGUCACUGAGACUUUGUUUCUUUGUCUUACGCUGAUGACAUUUGUUUAGCUUCAUGAUUUGUCAAAUUACGUAUUUGAAAAUGUGAAUGUUUGUGUCCGAGAAAGUUUCGCGUGAGGGUCCAAUUUUGAAACAUUCCCUUUACCUCAAGCCGAAUUAAACUUAGGGUUGGCGAUUUUAAGUUUUAGCUUUCCUUUCGCGAAAAAAUAGUUUUCACCGAAAACAUGGCAUGGUCGACAGUACGCCCGUAAAAUUAUGUGGAAUCUUUAAUUUGUAAACAUGUGUUCUUUCACGUAUUUCCUGAAAGGAUGAAAUUGCAGCUCUUAAUCUGCCCACAGUACAACGAGUUAUACUUUAAUUACAUAUCUGUGUUUAUUUAGGGUACAUCUAAAUUAAUUUCUUUGUAGCAUUGGACCAAUUUUCUGAUUAACAAUAUUUUUCUAGGGUCGUUGCUGGGGCACUUAGCGGCGGUUUGCUUUCAAAAAAACUGAUACUACUUCGAAAUAACUUUUAGAAAUAACACAACAGAGGUAAAAAUUUACAUUCAUCUGUUUCUCCAAUAAGAAACCACAGUUCAUGUUCAGAUAUUUGCUCGAAAAACCAGUUUAUUUAAACAUGAAGAUAUAAUACUAUUCAUGGCAAGAAAAAGAAAAACAUCUGCAGUUUCGGUAAGCGUCUGUCAGUAGUUUCUAUUUGACUAAUUUUCCCUUUAUCUCCCUUUAAUCCGGCUCAUGACAAGCGCACGUUUGAACUUCUCGGCCUUUUGCCCUUCUCUCACAUUCCUGCUUCUCGAAUUUCGACGCGAUUGUGAAACGGUAUGGAGAGGCUUUGUUUGGCUCACGUUUCCGUCACAAUACUCGAGAUACAAUUUAGACAGUAAUGCUAGACUCUGCCAGAACGAGAGCGUUUUAAAAACGCCAGAGUGAAUUCUAAAGAAUUCCUUCGACAGGAUAUUAUGGUUCGAUGUUGGAUACUCAUAAGACUGUCCUCAUAGGGAAAUUUUUCCGUGACCGAAAUUUGGAAAUGAUAGACAUGCGGUCGUCAAGAGCGAAGAAUAAACGUCCGUUUUUUAGCAUUUUUCCGCGCAUAAAAAUUGGAAAGAAGUCAAAACGAUGGGCUGAAGAGGUUUAUGUUUUUCCACAGAGCCGGGCAGUGUCAGAGACUAACUUGCUGAUCCACCUUAACCGAAUUUUGGAUUCCUACGAUGAAGACGCGAAAGUCGACUCGGUGAUAGCGGAAAACGCCACAUUGAAGACUGCCAAGAAGAUCCAUCGCCUCGACAGGAAGGACAGACACCAAGAUGUACAAGACGCUUGUCAAGUACACGAUUUAUCUCUCAAGGAAUCAUUCCUUAAAAGUUGCGAACAACUUGGAAUUCCUCCCUUAGCAAUGACUUACUUUCUCGACAAAGUCGCGGCCGGCGAAACGGAGCUGAUCAUGAGAAAUCUUGGGCUGGGUCCCACGGGUGCUGUUGCUGUCGCGGACGCCUUGUCACGCAAUAGGAGUGUCACGCGACUAGACUUGUCACUCAAUAACGUUCAGAAUAAAGGAGCUACGGCUGUUGCAAAAUUACUCGAGGCAAACAGUCUUAUAACUUAUCUGAAUCUUUCAGAGAAUAAGAUAAGUAAAGAUGGAACAGACGCUCUUGGAAACAUGCUGACUGUGAAUGAUUCUUUGGCGAGAAUUGACAUUUCGCGCAAUGGACUAAGUGAUGAUGAUAUUCAUUUUUUUAGUAACGUUUUACAAACUGAAGACUUUUUAUCUGCGUUAGACCUUAGUCAUAAUUCUUUUGGAGUCACCGGAGGAGAGCACUUUGGGGAAAUGAUCGCGAAAAACGUGUCCCUUCGCGAGUUGAACUUGGGAUGGAAUCGCCUGGGCGACCUCGGAGUCAAACAAAUCUGCGUGGGCUUGAAGAAAAAUCGAACGCUUGAGAAACUGGAUUUGUCCUGGAACGAGAUUGGCCAUGAAGGCGCGAGACACAUCGCGGAAUCUUUGGAAUACAAUGGCAAAAUUAUUGAGUUAAAUCUCAAUAACAAUCGUAUCACCGACCGCGGAAUGGAGAAAAUUGCAAGGGGUCUGGAACUUAAUGAUACUCUACAAGUCGUCAAAAUUGGUUACAAUCUGGUCACUUCAGAUGGAGCAUGCGCACUGCUGCGGUCACUGCUGAAAAACCCUGGUAGUGCAGUAGAAACUGUUCACAUGGCUGAAGUGGAAAUAAAUGGCGCUAUUAAAGAACUCUACUUAAAGCUUAAAUCGAGAAAAUCACAAUUUCGCCUUCUUGAUUUAUUUACAGCCAGUGGGGAUGUGUAUCACUUUGUUCAACCACAAAAUCCAAUGAUUGUACUGGAUGCCUAUUUAAAACGAAACAGACUGACGGCGUACAAGUGUAACGGCCUUGAAGAGGAAGAAGGAGAGAACUAA